UUUGUGGUUGUUCAUGGUAUCCAAUAACUUCAACGAUAAACACGUAUUACUCAAUAUACAGAAUGACGUCAAUAAAUCUUCGGAAGUUAAGUGAACUUUUGAUUUACGAAGGACAAAAUAUUCUGAGAUAAUGUGAGUCUAACUUAAGGAAGAGAAAUUCGGUGUAAUUUGCACAUUGACUGACCUUAAAUCAUCAUUGUGUAGGCCCACAAAGACGAAUGUAUACUACAAUCAGUUCGUCUCUUGCCCUUACCAAAAGUAGCCAACGUCAUAUGAAACUUUUAGAAAAAAUUGAUUUCCCAAGUUGCUCUUCGUACUUUGUGUUGGGUAUAAAAGUUGGACGUGGUAAACCAGUUGCGAAGUUGAACUGUCUUGGAAAACACUAUGUAAUUAUUGAUCAGAUACCAAUCGUUGAACAAGCUGUACGAAGGCACGUACGAGAAGCUCACAAGGAUAAUGAAAACUCAUGCGGUAAGCGUACUAGCACGAUUGCAACACUUAAUCAUUUUGAGCUCAGACAUCGUCAUGUUCCGAAUAGACAUUUGUUUCAGGAGAAAAUAAAUGAAGUAAUUUCGACAUAA